AUCACCCACCACUAUCCGGCUCCCCCUGCAAUCUGCUUCCUGCGUUGGCCAUGCCUGGGUGGAGCUGCCUGGUGACAGGAGCAGGAGGGUUCCUGGGCCGGAAGAUCAUUAGCAUGUUGGUGCAGGAGAAAGAGUUGGAGGAGCUCAGGGUCCUGGAUAAAGCCUUCAAACCAGAAACCAGGGAGGAAUUCAUCAACCUAGAGACAAACACCAAGGUGACAGUCCUGGAGGGAGACAUUCUGGAUGCCCAGUACCUGAAGAGAGCCUGCCAGGGCAUCUCUGUUGUCAUCCACACCGCUGCUGUCAUCGAUGUCUCAGGUGUCAUUCCCAGACAGACCAUCGUAGAUGUCAAUCUGAAAGGUACCCAGAACCUGUUGGAGGCCUGUGUCCAAGCUAGUGUGCCAGCCUUCAUCUUCACCAGCUCAAUUGAUGUUGCAGGACCCAACUCCUACAAGGAGAUCAUCUUGGAUGGCCAUGAGGAAGAACACCAUGAAAGUACAUGGCCUGACCCAUACCCAUCCAGCAAAAAGAUGGCCGAGAAGGCAGUGCUAGCAGCCAAUGGGUGCACCCUGAAAAAUGGUGGCAUGUUGCAUACUUGUGCCUUAAGGCCCAUGUACAUUUAUGGGGAAAGAAGCUCAUUCCUUUAUAACAUAAUAAUUGGGUCCCUGAAAAACAAUGGUAUUCUGCAAGCUACUGGCAAAUUCUCCGUAGUCAACCCAGUGUAUGUGGACAAUGUGGCCUGGGCACACGUUCUGGCAGCCAGGGGCCUACAAGACCCCAAGAAGUCCCCAAGCAUCCAAGGGCAGUUCUACUACAUCUCAGAUGACACCCCUCACCAAAGCUAUGAUGAUUUAAAUAGCACCCUGAGCAAGGAGUGGGGCCUCCACCUUCCCACUUGGAGCCUCCCUCUGCCCCUGCUCUAUUGGCUUGCCUUCCUUCUGGAAACGGUGAGCUUCCUGCUCCAUCCAGUCUACAGCUAUAGGCCUCCCUUUAACCGCCACUUGGUCACAAUGAGCAACAGCACGUUCACCUUCUCCUACAAGAAAGCUCAGCGCGACCUGGGCUAUGAGCCACGUGUCAGCUGGGAGGAAGCCCAGCAGAAAACCUCAGAGUGGAUCGGGACAGUCGUGAAGCAGUACAAGGAGACACUGAGCUCAAAGACUCAGUGAUGUGAAGACGGCAGGGACAUGGUUGUGGGCAUU